AUUAAAGAGAGCAAGGACAUUGUCUUAGCACUAAAAAUAGCACACAUCAUCUUCUCUUCUUAAAUUCUUUGGUUGCUAAGAAAAAGUACUUCAUUCAACCACUUUCUCCUUCUUCUUGUAUCAAGUAAACUAAACCGUGGUGAUGAUUGCUGUUGAUGAGUUAGUUCAUAAUAAAGGUGCUAAAGCUUUGGAGAAUCCAAAUCCUUGUAAAGAUCUUAAGGCUAUGACAUCACAUAGGAUACUUUCAAGAUGUGAAAAAAUUCGAAAUGCAUUUGAGUUAUACUUGACUCAAAUUCAAAGUGCUGUUCCAUUGUCCUUGGCUGCUGAGAUAUCUGGAAUACUCCAUGACCUUAAGAAUACAGAAUUUUCCCUAGAAAUUGCAGAAGUUGAAGCUAGGAAAGCAAUUCUAGCAUUGUAUGAGAAGGACUUAAAUGAUUCAGCUUCUUCUAUGGAGAAUGCAGAACUUGAAGCCAUUCAAAUUGCAACUUCAAGGUUGAAAAUAAACUCUACAUUCUCCUUCAUAGUAGAGAAAGCAUCACUUAGGAAGCAACUUGAUCAAGUUAAUAAUGACACAAACCAAAAGGAGAAGCAACUUCUACAAUACCUUUUGUAUUUAUUGAUGAGAUAUGGCAAAUUCAUUCAUCAAAUUGGAAGCAACUCUUUGGAUCAUGAACAUAAUCAUGAGUUAGUUGUGGAUAAAGAACAUAAUCAUCAAGUUAUGGAAUCAAUUGACAAUGUAGUUAGAGACUUUGAAGUACUUAGUACUUGAGGUUAUAUAGGUCACCUUUUGUUCAAAACUUAUCUAACAUUAGUUAGGAAUAAAAAGUACCCUCAAGGUUAAAAAUUUUAUGAAAGUGUCUUUAGGACACUUGUUAACAAAAUACUAUUAAUUUUUAUUUGAUUAGAUUAAGAUCAUUUUAAAUUUUUUUUUCUAAUUAUAUUUCUCUAGGCUACUAAGUUAUUGACAAUGUGUGUUAAUCAUUUAAUAGCCAUAUGAUGUGACAAACUAAAUGUAUAACAACUUAAGGUUUGACCCAUUUUCACAUCUAGGAUUUUUGUUAACAUCA